GUUGUCAAAGUCCUGGGAAGUUUUGAUAAGCAAAUACUUUCUGGGCUCUGCCUCUUAUUGGCUGUUUCUUCACCGCCAGAUUUUGACACAAAUAAUCUGAUUGAAAAAUCAGGGAGGGGAACAGGGGAAAAAAAAACAGAGAGAAAAAAGGAGAAGUAUCUAUUUCAACUGACUGCGACCAAGUGAAAAAGUGGAAGAGGAGUCCUGAGAGGGGACGACGUCUCGCUUGUCUGGGGAGAUUUCAAGGCAAAUCCAGUAAAGCAAAGUCCCUCAAACAGAAGGUGAAUGGAAGAUGCCACGUUCCUUUUUGGUGAAGAGCAAAAAGGCUCACACCUAUCACCAGCCCCGCUGUGUGGAAGAUGACCUGCCAGUCCUCCCCUGGGGUCCAGUGCCCUCUGCCUUCACUGCCACAGGAGACAGGACACCAGAGGACAUCAAGAAACAGGACCUGGGAUGUGUGGUUCCAAAACAAGAGAAGGACCCACCUGAACUGAGAGAAGAGAGUGUCCCUGUCCAGUACCUGAGCAGGAUGCUGCCAGGCCCUUCAGCUCAAGAGAUGGCCAUGCCAGGGCUGCAGAUCAAGGACUGCACUAACACAGCGAGCACCCCAGCCUUCUACAAAGCUGGAUUUUCCUGGGAUGCUUUCCACAUGCCAUACAGCUACCAGCAGAUGUCUUCCAGCAUGCAGUCAGCCCUGCUGGAGCACCCUGUGAGCCUCUAUGGGAGCCACCUCCUGCCCAGCACCGAGCCCCCCCUGGAUUACAGCCUGCAUUAUUCCUCAGACAUGGAGACCUUCCACUGUGUCAAGUGCAACAAGGUGUUCUCCACUCCCCAUGGCCUGGAGGUCCAUGUCCGAAGGUCUCACAGCGGGACCCGUCCCUUUGCCUGUGAAGUGUGUGGCAAAACCUUUGGGCACGCUGUGAGCCUGGAGCAGCACACCAACAUCCACUCCCAGGAAAGAAGCUUUGAGUGCAAGAUGUGUGGGAAGACAUUCAAACGUUCCUCCACCCUCUCCACUCACCUGCUGAUCCACUCGGACACGCGGCCCUACCCCUGCCAGUACUGCGGGAAGCGCUUCCACCAGAAGUCAGACAUGAAGAAGCACACCUACAUCCACACAGGGGAGAAGCCCCACAAAUGCCAGGUGUGUGGCAAAGCCUUCAGCCAGAGCUCCAACCUGAUCACCCACAGCCGCAAGCACACGGGCUUCAAACCCUUCAGCUGCGAGCUCUGCGCCAAGGGCUUCCAGCGCAAGGUGGAUCUGCGCAGGCACCGCGAGACCCAGCACAGCCUCAAGUGAGGCCUCUCUGCUGGAGCUCCACCUUCAAGACUGUCCCCAGCACCUCCAUCCAGCUCAUAAAGCUCCCAUGGUGUCCUGUGUUCCCCUGGGGACUCACCAAGUCAUCAUUGGCUUUGGUGUUUGGCACCACAGGGCCUUGCACAUCCUGAAGAAAUCUGUGGGAGCUUUCACUUUUUGAUUGCAACAGGUACCAGCCCAGAUCUGACAUCACCUGCUCAAGUGUAAAUCCAGAGGAAUUCCUCCAAGGUCACUGUAACUCUGGCUUUACACCAGGAGCAGGAUCCAGGUUGUCAGGCUGCCCAGCUGGGAGGAGGAGACUCCUGGGCUGGUGGCAGCAGCAAUCUGUACAAAGCUGGUGCUGUAACCAUGUUCUGCUCUGAUGGUUGGGAAGAUAAGCCCAGGGCAUGCAAAUAGAUUGCGUUCAGUCAGCUGUGUUCAACCUGGACAGGCCUUCUGCAGAGACUUGCCCAGGCCAUAAAUUCUGCCAACAGACACCUUAAAGUCAUUUCUUUCAGCAGAGCAUUUACUGUGAUCAAAUGACAACUUAACUGUGCUGUAUUUUUAGCUUGGAGUGGGAGGAAAAUACUGAAGAAACAGCUCCUAUCCCUUACAGAUAACAGGGGUCUCCAAAUACAUUCCUCAGACACACCACACUGCAGAGAUCCCAAGCAGGCUCCAGGAAGAGCCAGAGCACAGCACCAGGCACGAGCUAAUGAUCCCCAUGCCUUGGUACCAUGGGAGAGUCUUGGAAUCGGGGCUAGCAUGUCCCACAAUAUUUCCCUGCAUGCUGCACAUGCCAGCUUAGAGCUGUCCUGAGCAAUCCUGAGUCACUGCCUGGGCAGGAGUGACCCUGGAUAUCAAUGUCAAGGGCCAGAGUUCUGCUUGCCAGGCUCUCUCCUCAAGGAGGAAGUGACUGAGCCUGUACAUGUUGGCAGAGCAUGCAAGUACCUCACAAGUAUUAUACAAAGAGAGCAGUGGUAUUUCCUCCUUUUGCCAGGUCUGGGGGUUGAAGCAAAGCACUGGAGCAAGUAAAGAACCAGUUUCCCUCCAAGCUCUGCCAAUUUCUCUCUAUAAUCUUUGGCAAGGCACUGCACUGGGCUUUUGUUUUUCCAACCCCUCCUGGUGGAGUGGGGCCAUUCACUCAGGUUUGUGGAGUCCCCUGAGUUCUUAACAGGAAGGACAAAGUAUUAUUAUAACAUUAUUAUAACACAGACAAGUGUUUUCAGUUAAUUGGGGCAUUGUAGCAGCACGUGGCUCACUCCAUAACUGCAUCCCUGAACACACAGCCCUGGACAAUGACACCAGUGGAAAUUACCCUGGGAACAGGCUGGGGCCAAUUCACUCCAGAGGCUUAGGAAGGAGUGCCCAUCAUGGGCAAACAAAAAAUGAUCCAAGUGGAAAAUUCAUAUAUUGCCAGAAGAGAACUGCCCUCAGUUCCACUGCUGUAAAUCCCAAGUUAUUCUCCUAAGACUUAAAAUGUUCUUGUCCCUUUUAUGCUGUGCCUAAGCUGUAAGUCAUUAAUCUGUACCUGGAAGCUCAAACCCAGAGUCUGUACUCCUGGCUUUACUUGUACACUGUAAAUAUGUAUUUAUACUUAUUCUAAUGUAUAUUUUUAUUGCACUAUACCAGACAGUGACAUGUACAGGCCUGCUGGGAUUUAUCUGAUAAAUCUGUUCCUUCUUA